AUGCCUGACUAUACUAUUGAAUAUGAUGAUGAAGAUCAAUUAAAUAUUCUUAAAUUAACAUUAUGUAAUGACAAUGAUUACGAUUUAAAAGAUAUGUAUGAUUAUAUGACACAAGAAUAUUUAAAAGAUGAAAUAAGUCACAUAUCAUUGGGGACGACUUUGUUUGAAAUAGGAAUGUACGCCAAGGCAGAAAAAUAUUAUAAACGUUUAUUAAAUAGUUUAGAUGAUCUUCUGAUAUCAACCAGCCUUAUCCUCAUUCCACUAACGAUACUUCAACUGGUUGUUCAACUGAAUUACCAGACUUGUAUCUAA